UGAAAGCGUGCUACGCUCAGUGCCGAAAUGUGUGCUCACGAAAUCUUCACGGGAGCCCCGCGAGCCAGGCUGGGGCGUCCUGUUAGCAUCGCCCUCUCCAGACGUGGGACGCAGGGCCCGGAGACGGAGGGGCAGGGCCGGCCUGCCCUGCACCGCGGCCCAGCCCCAGCCCCUGCCUCUUGCGCGCAUGCCCCGGGGCGUUCUAUUUUCCCCUCUGGGCUAGUCUCCUCGACUUUCUAAACCAGAAGGGGUGGCUCUUGCAAGGAGGAAGCAGUGAUGCGGGGAAACCUGGUGAUGUGUGUUGCAGGCUGUUGAUGGAGAAGGGGGCGGAUGACAGCCGGGACAGUGGUCAUCACUGGGGGCAUCUUGGCGACUGUGAUUCUGCUCUGUAUCAUCGCUGUUCUGUGCUACUGCCGGCUCCAGUACUACUGCUGCAAGGAAGAGUCGGAGGAGGACGAGGAGGAGCCUGACUUCGCCGUGCACGCGAACCCGCCUCCGCUGCCCUGCGGCCGCAGCCUGGUGCUCACCAACGGGCCGGCGCUCUACCCGGCCGCCUCCACCUCCUUCAGCCAGAAGAGCCCGCAGGCCCGCACCCUCUGCCGCAGCUGCUCCCACUACGAGCCGCCCGCCUUCUUCCUGCAGGAGCCCGAGGACGAGGACGUGCGCAACGGCGGCGAGCGCGUGGCCUACCAGAGCGUCAGCCAGGAGGACGCCGAGCCGCCGCCGGGGGCCUUCGGGGGCCUGCAGGCGCUCAACCCCAACCGCCUCUCGGCCAUGCGGGAGGCCUUCUCCCGGAGCCGCAGCAUCAGCACCGACGUCUGAGCAGCCCCGCCCGCCCGACGGGCCCCCAGACCAUGGUGGGGUCCCCGGGGCGUGUCAGCCUGGCCCCGGGCCGGGACCGGGGCCCCGCCCAGCCCUCCGCGCCUCCCUGUCCCCACGGGGGCCGGUCGGGGAGCUCCGCGGCUCGCUGCAGGGAUAGGGCCCAGUGAGCACAAGGUGGCCGCCGGGGGUAGGGGGUGCGGGGCCUGGGGCUCCCAGGCGGGCGGGCACAGGUGAGCUCCCAGGUGUCAGUCCGCAGGGCAAGGCAGGGCUCUGGGGCCUCGACGCCAGGCUCCUGACGCUGAAGCUGCCGUCCAGCAGAGCUGCAGGGGGAAAGUGGCCUCCACCUCAGCCCCAGCAACUUGGCCGUCGCUGGCUGUGAGGCCGGGCCUGACCCCACUCCCCGACACCC